AUGAUGGCCGAGAUGGUCGGCACUGUGGCGCCUGGUCGACGUGGGUCAUCGCCGUCGGCCAAUGACGCCGAUCACGCGCAACGGAAGACGGCCGACAAGCAGGGCCUGAAGAGGACGGGCGACGGAGACGACAAGGAGAGCGCGAAGGGCGACGAGAAGCGGAGCAAGGGAUCGGACGGGAGCCGCGGCUCGAAGCCUGCGCCACAGAGCGUGGUCGACCAGUUGAAGACGAAGGCGGGGUGGAGGGUGAUAAGGACGUCGAACACCAAGGGUGGCGGAAGCGGGACGGCAGAGGGUGGCCCUGCUGACGGGGCUGCCGCUAACGUCACCGCUCAGCCAGGCCCGCCUUUGGUCGCCGAGAAGACCCAUCCUCAGGCGAGCGGUCGGAAUGUCGUGACCGACAAGGAGGUCCCAACUGCUCAGGCGGUGGAAGAUGGCGGCGCCGGAACCACCAAGGGACCGUCCGUCGCUGUGGCGGCCAAGGGCAAGACGAAGGCUGCUUCUGCUACGGUCGUCGGCACCACCAAGUGCCCUCCCCGUAACCCCCCUGCGGCUACCAGCGCGCCUGCCGGCCAGUCAGGUGCGACCAAAGAUGGGGAGGCCCGUGCGGCCCCUCCAGCUCUAGGAGCCCCGGCUGCCGUCAAGGGCGGCGCAAAGGCUGCUUCGGCUAAGGGCGCUGCUCCGGCAUCAGCUAAGGGGCCCCCCGGUGCUGACACGCUCAGGGAGAUGCUCCGCCGCAUGGAGGCGCAUAGUAGGGACGUGCAGCAGCAUCCCGUGGUCGACGCCGGCCUUGCCGGAACAGCACGUCGCUCCGUCUCUCCGCAGUUUGCCGGCACAUCGUCCGGGGCCCCACCUGCAGCGCAUUCGGUCGCCGCCCCAACGCCUGCGGACUCCAACACGCCCCAUGCUCUGGCCAUCAUGGACACGGCGCAUGUGGGGCCGUCUGCGACCCACGGUGAGGGAUCGGCGGAGCUGACGGGUGCAACGGGUGCUGUCGCUGAGAGUAAUGCGGGAGGGAAGGGGAAGGUCGACACCGGGAAAGGGAGCGCGGUCUCUCAGAGGAGCACGCGGGCGAUGUCGGCGGGGAAGGAGAUGUCGGAAGAGAAAGGGAAGAAGGCGGAAGGGAGUCAGGACAAGAAGGGCGGCAAGAGUAAGCCGGCGAAGAAGAAGGAGAAGGCGGAGGAGGAUGACGAGGAGGGCGUCGAGGGAGAUAAAGAACGCAGGGGGCAUGGCAUCCGCCAAGACAGGUCCGAUGACGGGCAUGGGUGGGUGGGCGAGAUUAAGGUAAACGGACGGAAUCGAGACAUCGGCAAGUCGAGGGAGAAGAUGGAGCUGGCUACGUACCGUGGGUACGCGAGGUCGGGUGAUGCGCUUCAUGGGGUGCUCUGGCCGGCGAUCUGGUUCCCCAUCAUCGAAAACACGGAGGAAGACAAGGAGGAGACGGAGGCUCUCAUGUCGGCGAUGGUAAAUCGCGUGUCGAUGUGCGCGGCGUAUGGGAAAGUCGCGGCGAGCGCGGCGUUUGGGAAGGUCGACACGAGCAUAGAAGGGAGUGCGGGAGAGAAGACGGAGAUGGAAGGCGCGGAGGGGAAGGCGGACGAGAAGACGGAGAUGGCGGCCCAGACGUUAGCGGCAUCUGCAUGCGCCCUCUGGUGCUUCGUGGAGACGGGAGCGUCGUUGCUCGGUGCUGUGGGCGAAGGGAAGGCGCCGGCGAUGGUGGCAGGUGCGGAGGAGGAGAGGGCCGAGGCAUUCAAGAAGGUGAUGCACGCGGUGAUCGAGUUAGCACGCAGUCGGGAGGCUCCCGCGGGGGAGGUUGCCCAUAUCGUCGCGCCAUCGCUGCAGCGCCACGUAGUGGUCAGGGCCUUCGAGGAGGGAGUUGAGGAAGUCGAGGCCGACAUGAUCGCCAGAGCGACGGUCGAGACCUUGGCGUUCUGGGGAAUGUGCCCCGUCGCCGGGCCCAAGCUAAAAGAGCAGGGCAUCGAUGUGCCGUGUUACGCGAAGAUGGAGUACGAUAUGGAUCACAGGGGGAGGAAGGGGGAGAAGGUCAAGCAGGGCAAGGGCAGCAAGAGGAAGAAGGGCAAGGAGGGCAAGGGCAGUACGGAUGCGUAG